AGCACACACCUUAACACACACCUCAACCACCCACACUUCAACACACACCUCAACACACACACACCAGCACACGUUUCAGCACAGGAAAUUAAGAUCUGAUUAUUGUUGAAAUGGAAACUGAGGAUAAGGUGAUCAGGUGUAAGGCGGCGGUGGCGUGGGAACCUGGGAAACCUCUCUCUGUAGAGGAAGUGGACGUCGCUCCGCCUAAAGACCAUGAAGUCAGAAUCAAGAUAGCAGCGAGCGGUGUGUGUCACACAGACUGGACAUAUUUGUGUUAUUGUAACAAAGGACUAAAGUCGCAGGUGUUUCCUUUUGUUCUGGGUCACGAAGGUGCCGGUGUGGUGGAGAGCGUCGGCUCGGGGGUGACCAAUGUACAGCCUGGAGAUAAAGUCAUCCUCCUCAUGCUGCCUCAGUGUAAUGAGUGUGAUUACUGUUUAAACCCAAAGACAAACUACUGCUUAAAGAUCCGGGGGAAGAUUAAGCAGCAUAUGUUAGCUGACGGUACAAGUCGUAUCACCUGUAGGGGGCAGCAGGUGAAUCAGUUUGUCGGAGUGUCUACGUUCUGUGAAUACACGGUCGUUCCUGAAUACAACGUGGCUAAGAUCGAUCGAGACGCACCGCUGGAUAAAGUCUGUCUCCUGGGCUGUGGAGUGGCUACGGGAUACGGAGCAGCAGUAAACAUAGCUAAAGUGGAGCGCGGUUCCGUGUGUGCCGUGUUCGGGUUGGGAGCCGUGGGUCUGGCCGCGGUGAUGGGCUGUAAAGCCGCCGGAGCCUCCAGGAUCAUCGGCGUCGACGUCAACGCAGAGAAAGGUGAAAUCGGGAAGAAGUUCGGCGUCUCUGAGUUCGUGAACCCGAACGAUCAGAACAAACCCAUUCAGGAGGUUCUGGUGGAGAUGACGGGGGGAGGAGUGGACUACAGCUUCGAGUGUGUGGGGAACGUCACGCUCAUGAGAGAGGCAUUUGAGAGCUGCAGAGACGCCUGGGGAACCUGUGUGAUUUUGGGAUUGACUGAGAACGCCCUUCUGUCAGUGUCACCUGGAGACCUGCUGUUGGGGCGAACGCUUAAAGGAUCCACCCUGGGUGGGUGGAAGAGUGCAUCUGGUUUACCCAAACUGGUGGACGACUACAUGAGCGGACGGAUCUUACUGGACGAGUUUGUGACACACACACUCCCUCUGGAGGAGAUUAACCACGCCUUCGAGCUGAUGACCAAUGGGAAAAGCAUCCGGACUGUGAUUACAAUGUGAGCUGCGUUUCGGAUCUCUGACCGUCAACCACGACGACAUCAUCGGUUCUCAUAACGACAUCAUCAGUCACCAUGGCAACACACUCACACUCCAGUGGGCCUCAGAGCUGCUGGAACUUUCCUAAAGUUCUGAAGAAAAUAUAUUUGUGGAGUCUCGCGCCAGCAACGUGUCUGUGUGUUAAUCCUGUGUGUGUUAGUCCUGUGUGUGUUA